AUGACACUUGACAAUUGACAUAGGAUUUGAAUAUUGAAUAUUGACCCAUGUUUUCAAAAAUCGCGAAUUACGUUACGCAAAAGAGUAAUCUUUGAAGAAAAAGGGGCAAUUCGGUUAUAAAAGUCGUAUAGAAUAGAAGGACACUAAAAUGAGUAAGCUGUGCAGACAGGUAUCAAUUGAGUCUCCCGGGCCGACCCUCAAGGAGUGUGUAUUUAGCUUUGAUGUCCCCGUUCCCGAUGUGCCCAUGUAUGGCGCGAGAAUUAGAGUAGUAUAUGCCGGAGCGUGUUAUCGAGCUCAUCGCACCCGUUCAGCAUCGGUUUGUAGUACGUCAUCGGUUUCCUCCAUUGGAAGUCUAUCGGGAGAGAUGGAGGGCUUCGGAUUACACUCUACACCGGCACAUAUAGGACUGCGAGAUGGUGCUCUUUUCCCUGGGUAUGAAGUAGCCGGUGUUGUCGAUGCUAUAGGAAAAGCUGCGGAAGGCACUGAGGGAUUGGGCGAAGGCACUAGAAUUGUGUUGUAUCCAUAUGAGGGAGUUCCACAUGGCUACGCAGAUUACAUUGUUGUGCCCGACUUUAAAUGUCUCGUGCCAGUGCCAGAUACUUUACCUUUAAGCGUAGCUGCUAUGCUUCCGACAGGUGCAUUGCUGGCUAUGAAUACCGUGUAUACAGCUAUUGAAUGUUUGAAUAAAAUUCUAGAAGGUCCCAAUAAGAAGGACAAAGCUACUGUUUUGAUUGUUGGCACUGGUGGCUUAGCACUGUGGGCUCUUCGUAUUGCGUCACACUGUUUCAAAGAAAGUCCACACCACAAUAAUAUUUUCAUAUCAGUCGCGACCAUUAAGGAUGAAGGUUUCGUUUUGGCGCAUGAGAGUGAAGAGGUGAAAGUGGUACAAUGGUCUGAAGAUCUGUAUGAAAAGCAGUUAAUCGAGCGUACAACCGACGCUUGCGGAGGACCUGUGGAUAUUGUGCUUAAUUUCGGGACUACAUCCCGAUCUCUACACCGUUCGCUUCAAUGUUUGGCUCAGGGUGGUAUGGUCCUUGUAACAGAGGAUGUAGGGGAUAAAUUGUUACCAAAGUUUGCCAAGAAAGCAGAGGAAAUGAAUGUCAACAUUGUUGUGGUACCAAAUGGCACUAUUGAACAGUUGAGAGAAUUAGUUCAAUUGGUUGCCAAUGGAAAUAUCGAACCCCCGCCACAUUCAGUGUUUCCGGCAGAGGAAGCACAAGAAGUUGUAAGAAAGCUUUGCAACUCGGAGAUACAGGGCCGGGCCAUUUUGAAAUUCCAUAACAUUGAUUAAGUUGUUCAAAGAAUUAUUUGUCCUAAACAUUGCUCAUUGCCAUAACAGAAACAGAUGUAGCAAAUUGAAGCACAACGGAUGCUGCCAAAACAAUAUAGUCAAUUGAA